CCCGAACCUUCCCGAAUCCCUCCACUUCUUUCUCCACCCCGCCGCGCCGGAUCCCUGCCUGACGCCCAAAAAAGAUCCCCACACGCGGUCGGGCCUCCCAGCGAACUGAACCCGACGGUGCCCGACGCGACCCAAGUCCGAACCCCCCCCCCCUCCCCUGCCGACGCGAUCCGACCGAUCGGUCCGUCGUUCAAUCUCCGCGGCGCAGGACUGCCAGAGAGGACUCCUCGAGCGAGUUCGAAUCCCUCAUCCCAACGAGGGGCAAGAGAUGGUGCUGAUCGAGCCGGAGCCGGAGCUCCAGGAGGCGACGCGCCCCUCGUCGCCGGUGCACGACGAGCAGGUUCCGGCCGCGGCCAGCGGGGAGGCGCCGAGGGCGGAGGAAGACGAGGACGCUUUCGAGGACGCGAUCACCGACGAGCAGAUGCGAGAGAAAGCUAGAAGCCAAGCAGAUGAUGCAAAAGCAGAAGGAAACAAGCAUUUUGGUGCCGGACAAUAUGAGGAAGCAUUAUCACAAUAUGAAAUGGCCUUGCAAAUUGCUGCUGAGCUGGAAUCUGCUGAAGAUAUACGCUCCGCAUGCCAUUCAAAUCGUGCUGUAUGCUUCUUGAAAUUGGGGAAACAUGAUGAAACAAUUAAGGAAUGCACAAAAGCUCUUGAGCUGAAUCCGUUGUACUUGAAAGCAUUGCUCCGGAGGGCAGAAGCACAUGAAAAGCUCGAACACUAUGAUGAAGCUAUUGCUGAUAUGAAAAAGGUUAUUGAGUUAGAUCCUUCAAAUGAACAAGCCAAGAGAUCACUGUUCCGACUUGAGCCCCUGGCAGCUGAGAAAAGGGAAAAGAUGAAGGAAGAAAUGAUUGGAAAGCUGAAAGAUUUAGGGAACUCUGUGCUGGGGCGCUUCGGAAUGAGUGUUGACAAUUUCAAAGCUGUCAAAGAUCCAAACACAGGUUCAUACUCCAUUUCGUUCCAGAAGUAAAGUAACUCAAGGUGAUGAAAUACACGGAUGAAUAUGGCCGGGCACCAUAUUUCAGUUAUGGACUCACUGAAAGACAUGGUAAUUAUUCAAGGCGCUUGUGUAUCACAUACCCGGUACAUAUUCAAAUAUAGUGCCGCCGAUCAUUCUCAAGGGAGCAUGAACAAGAACAAUCCUGGAUUAUUUCGUCUGUACUUGUUGCACGUCAGAGAUGAUUUCCCAAAGGUGCAAACUUGUAUGAUACACAUUUUCAACCCUGGUUUUUUUCUAAAGUAGAAUGUUGUUCUUAUUGCUUGAGAUGGAAGUGUUUUCCUGUUGCAAAACGGAUUGUUUUUUAUGUUGUAAUUAUGCCUUCUCUGUUCAAGUACUGCAUUUGCAAACUUUUGAUACA